CUGACUAUUACUCAGUCAGAUGUAGCAAAUAACAAAACAGAUUCUUCUUUCUUUUUUUAAUUUGACUUGCUGAACAAACCAAAUGACUCCAUGAAAAUCACCUUCUACAAAAGGGCUAGUCUUGAAUUAUGAAAACAUAAGCUAAGAUAUGGCAGAGGUGAAACUGCAUGGAUUUUGGUAUAGUCCUUUUACUAUUAGGGUUAUAUGGGCACUAAAUCUGAAGGGUAUACCAUAUGAGCACAUAGAAGAAGAUCGUUUCAAUAAGAGUCCUCAACUUCUUCAAUAUAAUCCUGUAUACAAAAAGACUCCAGUGCUAGUUCAUGAUGGAAAACCCAUAUGUGAGUCCAUGCUCAUUGUUGAAUACAUUGAUGAGAUAUGGCCACAGAAUUCAUUGCUUCCUGCUGAUCCCUAUGACAGAGCUCAAGCCCGGUUUUGGGUUAAAUAUGUUGAUGAUAUGUUUCCAGGAAUUGUGGCGCACCAUCGUAGCAGAAGCGAUGAAGACCGAGAGAAGGCAAGAGAGAUUAUAUGGGAGAGACUUGGAGUUAUUGAGGAUCAGUGUCUGGGAGAUAAGAAGAAAUUCUAUGGUGGAGAUGCCAUUAACAUUGUAGACAUAGCUCUUGCAUCUUUUGUCAAAUUUAUUGAGGUUCAAGAGGGUAUGUUUGAAGUGAAGAUCUUGCAAAGUGAGAGGUUCCCUCGCUUGAAUUUAUGGUUUAAUAAUUUCAAGGAUGUUCCAAUCAUAAAAGAAAAUAGUCCUAGUAAAGAGGAACUGGUGGCUUGUUUAAAGCCUCUUAUUGAAAAAAUAUUAGCAAAGGAAAGGAUGGCUUCUUGAAAUCAUAUAUCAUGGGUCAUAUCGUCAUGUGUAUUCCUUUAUAUUGUCUGGUUUCUUUUGUUUUAAUAUUUAGAGUAUGUACGUCAAGUCUAAUAAAGUUAUGGUUUAGUUUUUUUUUUUUUUUUUGAUAAUCAAAGAAGGUAUUAUAAAAAAGCACAAGGGGUGCUAACCCAUGGUUACAAAAGAAAGAGGCCUAAACCACUCCCAAAAACACAAAAAAAGAAGCCUCCAACCACACCCAACUAGCAAGAGAAACACCUAGACGGAUUCGCACACCAAUCCACCCAUUUAAUGGAUUCUCUACCAAUAUAAGAACAUAAAAACCAUUCCCACGCUACUAGUUUCAUCAACCCAAAUGCAUCAAAAUUUUGCAUCAAAACAUUAUUAAAGGAAAUCUCAUUCCUACACUUCCAAACCCCCCAACAAAAAGCUAACCCAAAAAGCCAACUACUAGCCAUCUUAAAAUUUACUCUACAAAAAAACUCCAAGGAACAAAGGCGGUUAAAAAGAUUACCCGAAAAAUUUGCUUCAUCAAUCCGGAGCCAAUCACAAAACUUUUUCCACCAAAGACAAGAAACCGGGCACAAGACGAAGAGAUGCUCAACAUUUUCCUCUUCCAACCCACAAAGCGGACACAACAAAAGAGACGGAUCCACCAAAAUCUUCCGCUU